UUAUUGUUGAUAACAACCUCUGUAAAUGUGUUGUUUUAAAAACUUGAUCGAUUUUCUCUCGUUCCUGAAAAUUCUCUGAAAAUUAUGUCUGUUCCAUUCAGUGGAGCAUUGCGCAGAUCCGGAGGGGUUGUUUCAGCUAUUGGUAAACAGCUUAGAUCAGUAAAUCUAAAAGCAGCCAAGAGAAUCACUGUGAAAUUUGACCCAUUUGGAGAUAAUGUAAAGCACACUCGAGACUUCUUGCAUUUGAUCAGUUCAAAGAAGAUAAGCUUGACGAAUCCAAACUGUACUUUGAAAACUGAAGUUGUGUGCGAUCGUAGCGAACCUACUAUUGAUAUUGCCCUUGUGCCUUCAGUAGCAGAAACUACAAAAUACAAACAAGUUACUCUGAAGAGUGGUAACUUAACUUGCCUAGAGCUCUUGCAAUUACUGAACAAGCACAUCAGUGCCGCAGCCCCGGUGGAGCAGCCCGCCUCCACUAUACAGACUAAAUUGGAAAAGAAGAAGAGCAAGAAGAAGUGAUUAAAAUGACUCGCUCUAAAGGAAACAUGCAUGUUGUGGAGGAGAUAUACAACCAGAUACCAGCAUUCACUGACGUCUUCUCUGAGGACUCAUUCUAUACAUUUGUUAUCUGCUUCGUCAUAUCUACAAUCAUGGUUGUUUUUAUAUUGUCUAGAUUUAUUACCAUCAAGCCUGUAGAAUAGUAUGAAAACCAAAUAAAUAAUUAUUAAUGUGUUA